ACCUAUGGUACUAGCUAGCUAGCUAGUACUGGCUACUACUAGCUAGUACUGUAUGCCAGUAGCUAGUACGGUAGUAACAUCUCCCUGAACAUCCAUCAUCGUUGUUACCAUCAGGUUCUUCUUCCUUAUUUCUGCCGCUUGUGACAUUACUUUGGGUGUGCCACCAUGUCCUCCUCAGCACGAAAACGACAGAAAGCGAGCGGGGACAUUUAUCGCAGAAAAACCAAAGCAGCACGAAAAGGUGAAUGCCCUCCAGCCAAGGAUGGAAAUGCAGAGCUGAAGUGGAGGGGUGAUCCAGACAAGACAUACAGUGACUGGAAGAUUGAAAUUGUAUCCAAUGAAGAGGAAGAGGCUGGAAGUAGCCAAAAGGUGGACACAUACCAUGUCCACAAGGUAACUCUUGCCUGUGGCACACGAAAGAGUGAAUAUUUUGAUCGUCUCUUCCAGAAUGGUGACAAAUUCCAAGAAGGAGUACAAUCGAUUAGCUGUAUUGAAUUGCACGCACUGGCAGCCAAGGCAUUUCCUGACAUGCUUGACUAUGUGUAUGACCCAAGAAGGACACUCGACAUCAGCAUAGGAACAGCUGUAUCCCUGUAUCAUCUUGGGGAGUACUUUGAGAUCCACCCGCUGCAAUGUGAUGCUCUGGAAUUCAUCAAAAAAGUUGAUCCGGCGAUCUGCCACAUCAUGGUACAACAUGCCAUGAUAUUCCACAAUGAUACAAUUAUUGAAGCUGUUGGGGAGCUUUUGAGUGAGGAAAUUUGCGAAAUCAAGCCAUAUUAUAAGAUUGUGUCGGAUGUAUUCUUCCCCCCCUUGUGGUUGCACAUGUCAAAAUCUAUGGAUAAGAGAUAUGAGAGGGUUCGGAAGUGUUUGAGGUCAUACUAUUUUCAGAUUUUGAGCAGCCUCAUAGCUAUAUUUGUGAAGUGUCACAAAAACGCCUUGGACACUGCCACAUUUGAAGAGCUUACCAGUGAGAAAAACAUGCCCUUCUUUCAUGCCGACUCCAGUCUGCUUUUUUUGGAGGUCGAAGAAUUCAUUCGCAAGAAGGAGGGCAAAGAAGUUGUUGUUGAAGGGACUGUGUUGGGAAAGCGUUGUGCCAGGGCCAUUGCUGCAGGUGACUACCAUUCUGACUGCACAAGUGAAAAGGAGUCCUUGUGGAAAAUACUCAAUGCACACCCUGACAUGCUAAAGGAAGUUUUCUUCGACACCAGGAAAAACUUUGUCGAGUGCAAGUUGGCGUUUGCAAGGUCGCAGCAAGACUAUAUUAAAGUCACAGUCCCACUUCCACACCAACCCAUACACUCCAAAAGUCAGCGUACGGCUGAAUCAGCUGUUGGCGCUAGUACUGCUGCUCUAUAAUUUGAUGCAGUUAUAGCCAGGACUGGUAUACGUGUAUCUACCUGUGAGCUUUUUACUGCAUUUCUGACUGCCUCAAAAAUUACACAUGCUAGCCAGAUAGUCGUGCGGCUACUCUAUCUCGUCAUGAGUGCUGACUUCUCAUUGGGUUGUUCUUGUACCAAAAUGCUCAUUUUUAGUGUUUUAGUGCAUGUAGAUGGAAUGAUG